UGCCAGCAGCCCUCACGCUGGACCCUGUCACAGCUCACCAGCGCCUCAUCCUCUCGGAUGACUGCACCAUCGUGGCCUACGGCAACUUGCACCCGCAGCCGCUGCAGGAUUCACCCAAGCGCUUUGACGUGGAGGUGUCGGUGCUGGGCUCAGAGGCCUUCGGCAGCGGCGUGCACUACUGGGAGGUCAUCGUCUCGGAGAAGACCCAGUGGAUGAUCGGGCUGGCGCAUGAGGCUGUCACCCGCAAGGGGAGCAUUCAGAUCCAGCCCAGCCGCGGCUUUUACUGCAUCGUCAUGCACGACGGCAACCAGUACAGCGCCUGCACCGAGCCCUGGACCCGGCUCAAUGUUAAGAGCAAGCUGGAGAAAGUAGGUGUCUUCUUGGACUAUGACAAAGGGCUCCUGAUCUUCUACAACGCUGAUGACAUGUCGUGGCUGUACACCUUCCGGGAGAAGUUCCCCGGCAAGCUCUGCUCGUACUUCAGUCCUGGCCAGAGCCACGCGAAUGGCAAGAACGUGCAGCCACUCCGCAUCAACACCGUCCGGAUCUAGGAGGGAGCAGGGAAGGGAGCCUGGAGCCGUACAGCUCCCUCCUGGCCGGCAGGCUGAGUCGAGAGUCCCUGCUAAGACAGUUCCCACCUACCCCUUCCUGCAGGG